AUGGGAAUUUUAAGAGGCAAAGAGUCGGCUCUGGAAAAUAUCGAAAAAUCGAAAACUGCUUUUUUGGCAAAAUUGUCGGAUGCUGAAAAGGGUCCACCAACACACACAAUGCCACCAACAGAACAUUAUGUUCUUCGAUUUGAUAAAGAAUCAGUUCGAAAUUUGCGAGGAAGAGUUUAUGAAAGUAUGAAAGAAUAUUCAUAUGAACAAAAAGGUGAAGGUAUUGCUCCAAUGUUGAUUACCACCGAAAAAGAACUGGAAAAUUCAAGACCGCUUGAUCCAAAAGUUGGCGAUCGAUAUGUGGCCUGUAUAUUCGAUAAUUUGCACCAUAUCGAUGUUCUCAUUUUGAUUGAUUGGAGUGAAGUCGAUGAACUAGUCAAAACAGCAAAUGCAAGAAGAAAAUCAGUUGUUUGA